GAACUCCAAUCCACCAUAGUAAUUCCUCCAAUUUCUUAAAAAAAGAAAACAAAAUAAAUCAAGGAAAAUGCUGGGUGGCUUGUUCGGCGAUCUCCCGCCGCCGUCUUCCUCUACCGACCAAGAUGACAAAUCCGCCGGCGGCGGAAAUGUUUGGUCAAGCAGCACCGCCAAGAUGGCUCCAUCCGCCCUCCGCAAACCCUUCGCCCCUCCCCAGACUGUUCUCCGGCCUCAAACCCUACUCAAGCCCAAGCCUCCCAAACCUAGCCCCAACCCGACCAACGAGAAUGCCAAUCCAAAUCCUACUGCGCACCAGGCGGCGUCGUUCCAGCCAGCGUUGGUCGCCAUUACCAGCACCGUCGUAGAUGAGUACGAUCCAGCCCGGCCGAACGACUACGAGGAGUACCGGAGGGAGAAGAAGAGGAAGCAGGUGGAGGCGGACUUGAGGGAAAGGGAGAAGAGGGAGAGGGAGAGGGAGAAGGAGAAGGAGAAGGAGAGAGAGCGGGAGCGAGAGAGGGAGAGGGAGAGGGAGUUGAACCUCUCCGGCGAGGAGGCGUGGCGGAGAAGAGCUGCUAUGAGCGGCGGAGGUGGCGCUGCUCAGGCUCCGAGAUCACCGUCGCCUCCCCCUGGUAACGGAGAGUUUAAUAUCGGGGGGAGAUCGGAGACUGCCGGCUUGGGAAUGGGAAUGGGGGCUGAGGGAAAGAUGACCAUGACUGCUGCACAGAGGAUGAUGGCGAAGAUGGGGUGGAAGGAAGGACAGGGAUUAGGGAAGCAAGAGCAGGGGAUUACUACUCCUUUGAUGGCCAAGAAGACCGAUAAGAGAGGUGGAGUUAUUGUAGCUGGUGAUGAGGUUAAACAGCCGGAGAAGAAGGUUAAGAGCGUUAAUUUCAAUAUGGCUCCAACAAGGGUUAUACUGCUCAGGAACAUGGUUGGCCCUGGCGAAGUGGAUGAUGAUCUAGAAGGUGAAGUAGCAGAAGAGUGUACGAAAUUUGGCACAGUGACACGCGUGCUUAUAUUUGAGAUAACAGAACCCAAUUUCCCUCACGACGAAGCAGUCAGAAUAUUCAUUCAAUUUGAGAGAUCCGAGCACGCAACCAAAGCUCUGAUUGAACUCGAAGGACGGUUCUUUGGGGGAAGGGUUGUUCGCGCAGGCUUCUAUGAUGAGGAAAGGUUUAGCAAUAAUGAGUUGGCUCCUUUGCCCGGUGAAAUUCCUGGCUUUUGACAAUCUAUUCUAUUCAAACUUUAUGUGUGUUACACUGUUACUGUAGGCUCUGUAGCUAAGCUAAACCGUGCUUCCAAGUUACUAACAAUUUCUUUCUUUAACAUUA